CAAUUCAGCUGGGGAGGGAGUGUCCCUGAAUGAGAAAGGGGAAGCAACUGGUGGAUUCGACAUCACCACCUUGAUCACUUUUCCAAAUAGAUCCUUUCAGAGAGUUAGAGUUGGAAAGAUGGAUCUCCAGGCUCCAAAGGGGAAGGAACUGUGGAUUGAUGAUGAUGUGAUUGUCUGGAGUCCAGCUUUUAACCAGGUUCUUCCACUUUCUCGAUGUAAUGAUCCUUGUUUUGCUGGAUCCUGGAAGAAAGGGAUUGAGGGAAAUCAGUUCUGCUGCUUUGACUGUGUUCCAUGCCCUGAAGGGAAGAUUUCAGAUCAAAAUGCUUAUCUGAGCACAAAAGGCAAAGCCAUGGUAGCUGUGGAGGUCUUCUCCAUCUUGUCCUCUGGUGCUGUGUUACUGGGAUGCAUAUUCCUGCCCAAAUGCUACAUCAUUGUUUUGCGGCCUGACUUCAACCACAGGGGAAAUCUCACAAAGAGAAAUUAGUACAUCAUGUGAUCUUUCUUUCUAGGUAAAAUUGCUGAAAAAAAGAAUAAAAAAAUUGUUUACUGUCUACAGGAAUGUAGGAACAUAGUUUGGUUUUGUUUUUCUGUCAAGGUGUUCUGCCCCAGCUCCAGAUUUCCAAGGAUAUUGAUACACACCAAUGGUCCUUAUCAAAUUUAUUAAGUAGCAAGAAUAAACAAGACCGGCAAAGGUUGGCAACGAGCCCAGAAAACAAGAUAUGAUAAACCAAAAUACUCCGAUAAUAAUACAAGUUGUUUCUAGCAAGAAACUUACUAAGGCCGUGUGACUUAAAUAGGCUAAGGGAGUGGCCAAUUAUCCUCAAGCCUUACUCUCGAGGAGACCUCCUCCUCCUGAGUAGCCACUCCUGCCUUUUGGCAGCCGUGCGCGCUUGAGCAUUGAGGAGAGGCUCCUCCACUUCGCUCUCUCCACUUGAAGGAGAUUCUGGAGGUUCUGAAA